AUUACAUGGGAAGUUAUCUACGCCAUUGGUUUUUGUUUCUGAGCACAACAGCUUCUAUUUAUAAAUGCUGGUAUCAUUCGCGUAGAACAGUUGUGUUUAUGUCGUGCCUUUCUUGGUAUUUGUUUCACACGCCUGGACAUCAAAUAAUGGAAGUAGCUUCUCUAACAUUCACAUGGUAACUACUGUAUUCAAAGAUUCUCUGACUGUUGCUCAUUUCAGGACUGUUUCUGGGUACCGAAUACUUACAACUGUUCAGCAAACCGGAAUUAGCAUACACUAAUUAGACUAACAUGAAUGAAAACAAGGCCAUCAUGUCGACUGAACUUGCUGGAGGACGAUACGAGGGUAUUUACGAAAUUGGCGAAGAUGAAUAUGAAUGCAGCCUCCAGUUUGUGUUUGGUUGUCCGAAAGAGAAAAGGCACAAAGAGUACAUACCUGCCAAUGUGUUUUCCUAUCAAGAUCUUCCUGAACGCUAUCGUGACAUCAAUCUGUUUCAACUGAUCCAGGUCAUCUCUUUCUUGACGGUGAAGGUUACUGUUCAGUACACCAGCCUCAACAGGCCGCAGCAUGUACAGAACACUAAUCGUCCGUAUCCGUUUGGUGCUGAGAGAGGGAGCUCCAAAACUCGGGUAGGCACGGGACGAAUCGGGACUGUUUGGAAAUUUGGUGAGGCAGACGGCCGUAGUUGCCCUUGCACUGAGUGCCAAAGAUCAGAUAACCCAAAGAAAACCUGGGGAUUGAUCCGAGUUAUCACCGCUGUCCAUGUAGUUUACGACACAUCUGAAGCUGUCCAAUCGACUUGCCGCUUUGGCUUCAAUGACAGUUGCAGCCCGGAAGUCGUGUUCCAGGGCGUGGACAUGGAGAGGGCAGACGUGAAUGACGAUAGAUGUCACCUGUCGUGCGUCACACAUAACGUGGCGCUCAUUGACAGUCUAAAAGGCCAGUGGAGUCGCUACACCACCCUGCACAAAAAAGUUAUGGGCAGAUUUCGAAGCCCCGAGGACAGACUGGUCGCCGUCGUGUCUCACCCUCACGGGUGUUCCAAACAAAUUUCACUUGGCGAGUGGACGCACAGGGAUGUCACCGGCGAGUCUUCGCCUGGGCACCCAUUUGUAAAGUACACCUACACGACCGCCACUUGCAGAGGGUCAAGUGGGGCAACCGUGUACAUCAUGGGCAGGUCCUGGGCACUUUGGUAUAAUCAAAUACACAGUGGCUUUAACGAUCAUGAACAAUACAACUUCAGUGGCAACGGAUGUGAUUGAGUAGACAACAUGGCUUAGUAUUGUCAGUCUACCCAGAGGUCAUGGCUUAGUAUUGUCAGUCUACCCAGAGGGCAUGGUCUAGUCUACCUGGAGGAUAUGGUCUAGUCUACCUGGAGGAUAUGACCUAGGUUUACAUUACAGACAAAACUCUUAGAAAGGCUUUUGGGUGGGAAAAAGAGAACAUCAAGACAGCGGAAGUAGUAUCCGUCUCAUCUACGCACACUUUCAAUUUAAAGUGUCGGGCGUGACUGGCUGUUGACUCAUUGAUGUUAAGUGAUGUGCCGUACGUGACUGGCUGUUGACUCAUUGAUGUUAAGUGAUGUGCCAUACGUGACUGGCUGUUGACUCAUUGAUGUUAAGUGAUGUGCCGUACGUGACUGGCUGUUGACUCAUUGAUGUUAAGUGAUGUGCCGUACGUGACUGGCUGUUGACUCAUUGAUGUUAAGUGAUGUGCCGUACGUGACUGGCUGUUGACUCAUUGAUGUUAAGUGAUGUGCCGUACGUGACUAGCCAGAUUUUUAGAACAAGAACAUUUUAAACUCGCAGUUUCCAUUAACAAUCUUGUUUUUACGUCCUGUGAUAAUUUUAUUUUUAGCACUGCAGAUUCUAAGCUCUUCAGUUCGUAUCUCAUUUUUUUAAAAUUAAGUUGGCAACAUUUAAGAUACAAUAUCGCAACCUUGACAUCUUGAAAACCCGCAGUAUAGGCCCUACUAGGAAAUAAAUAACAAUAUUAGCUUCCACACUAACACAUGUUCGACUCACUGCAUCAUGUUAUAAAAAUAAACUAUUUGAAGUAAAAGACUUUGUUUCAUCUUUUAAGUUAAACCUUUCAAAAUGUAGACUGUUUUCGAGAAUGAGGUCUGCAACAAUUCAAAACCUUUUGAAGAAGACGUUUCAAAACGCGAUUCUUACCAGUAGGUCAGGAAGGUCGACUUUUCAGACAUAGUAAUACAUUGAUAUGUUAAUGACAUAUGCGUAACAAAAUGAGCCCAAGUAAGCCAAUGUCUUGUCCACUUAAUCAAUUGUAUGAAGAUCUAUUUAAAUAUAACAUGGCGUUUACUUUAAAAAAAAAACGCACAGAUUUUCGUCCCUUUAAUUCUUUUAAAUGUUUAUUCCCUUGAACUAUUUUUUGCAUUUUAUCUUUAUCUUGGAUGUGCGGUGGCUGAGCGGUAAAGCGCUUUGCUUUCGAACCAGGCACCGAAUCCUGGGAUUUUUAAUUUCGGGAUCUUCGGGCGCCUCUGAGCGGUCACGGAGGUCACGCUCUGAGUCCCCCCAGCUCUAAUGGGUACCUGACAUUAGUUGGCGAAAAGUAAAGACGGUUGAUCGUUGUGCUAGCCACAUGACACCUUCGUUAACCGUAGGCCUUAGAAACAGAUGACCUUUACAUCAUCUGCCCUAAAGACCACAAGGUCUGAAAUGGGAACUUUACUUUUUUUUUUUUUACUUACUUUAUCUUAUAAAAUACAGACGUUACUUUAAAAAAAAAGAUAAUUACGUCCCAGCAUGUUCAUAGGUCAAUCUAGUCAUGCAUUUUAAUUAAUAACUUAAAUUCUGCCAAGUCAUUGGUUUUCAUGGCUGACUCAGGCAACCGAUUCCAUGCUCUAGUAGCACUUGGGAAGAAGGAGCAUUUGUACAAAUUUGUCCUAGUAUAUGGAAUGAGGAAUGUGCCUUUAUCUUUGUGUCUUUCUGAGUAUUUUAUUAAAUUUUGUUUUUGUAUUUGAAGAUUAUGGUUCAAUGUUUUAUGUAUAAUUGCUACUUUACUUUCAAGUCUUCCAUCCUGAAGUGUCUCUAAUUUUAGUGAUUUUACUAAAGGUGUAACUCUUAUCAAAUGUGAAUAUUUGUUUGCUUUGAAUCUAAGUGUCUGUUUCUUAAUGUUUUCUUGAGUUGAGGGGUCCCAAACAGAGGAUACAUAUUCUAUUAUUGGCCUAACCAAUUCGGACCAAAUGAAAACAACUUUAAACACCACAGCCUAGUGCAGUGUUGUUAUGUAGCAAAUGAAAACAACUUUAAACCACACAGCCUAGUGCAGUGUUGUUCUGUAGUGUGUGGUGAGGAUGGGAAGAGGUUGAUUGGUUGUGAAUGAUGCAACAUAGGUGGCAGUGUCGUCUUUUGGUCUUAGAACUCCAGAACGCGAGAGUGAAAGGUUGUGUUGUUAUAGUGACUUAUUUUGUUAAAAAAUAUUAUUACUAAAGUCUACUACAUUUAUUUCAUUUUAUUAUAAGUUGAUUUUGUCUAUAUUAUAAAUAAAGUUAAAUUUAGUAUUGUUCACAA